GUGACAUUUGUGAUUUUGGUUCAACUUCAAAUGUCGUGAAACUAUCGGUUCUUGGAAGAAUAAAUAGUUAGUCACCCUAUUUACUUUAUAAAUUUUAUGAUAAUGUACCUCUAAAUUUAUUCCUUAAAUCAAAGAAUGUUAUAAAGUUAAAUAAAAUAACUAGAUAAAUAUAGGUGUCUAAUUUCAAAAUCAGAAUUUGUGACUUUCACUUCAAAAAAAAACUAAAAUGAUUAAUGAAGAGAACAAGGAAUUAGCUCAUCGGCAGCAUGUGAAAUACUUUAUGAGAUUUCUUAAUAUCCUGCCAUCCUCGUUGUCUUCCCAUGAUUCGACCAGGGUAACAAUAGCAUAUUUUUCUGUUGCUGGCUUGGAUGUGUUAGGAUCAAUAACAUCAAUAUCUAUUGAGUUAAGGUCAAGAAUUAUAGACUGGCUUUACUUAUUACAAGUACAGCCUCGUAAAUCAGAUGGUGAUAUGUCGACAUGUGGCUUCCAAGGCUCGUCGACUAUAAACAUAGAGCUGGAUAACGCGAAUAGUCAGUACAGAUGUGGUCAUCUCGCUAUGACCUAUACUGCUUUGUGUACUCUGUUGGCUUUGGGUGAUGAUUUGUCGAGGGUUAAUAGGAAAGCUAUCAUUAAUGGUGUAAAGGCGCUUCAGACGGAAGAAGGGAAUUUCUCAGCGACUCUCUCUGGAUGUGAAUCGGACAUGCGGUUCGUGUACUGCGCGGCUUGUAUCAGCUACAUUCUUAACGACUGGUCCGGUUUCAAUGUAGAGAAAGCCACAGACUAUAUCAUUAAAUGUAUGGGCUAUGAUUAUGGGAUAGCACAAUGUCCUGAAUUAGAAUCUCACGGGGGCACGACUUACUGCGCUCUGGCAACCCUAAGUCUCACCAAUCGCUUAGACAAACUGUCAGAACAUCAACUGGACAGUCUCCGGAGAUGGCUUGUGUUCAGACAAGUCGAUGGCUUCCAAGGCAGGCCUAACAAGCCAGUAGAUACAUGCUAUAGUUUCUGGGUAGGUGCUUCAUUAAAAAUGUUAGAUGCACUACAUUUAACUAAUUAUUCUAGUAACAAAAGAUAUGUUUAUGAGACUCAGGAUUAUGUUGUUGGGGGUUUUUCAAAAUGGCCGGAUACUUGCACUGAUCCGAUGCACACAUAUUUAGGUCUUGCUGGACUUAGUUUGAUUGGGGAAUGCGGUUUGUUAGAAAUUGUACCGACUUUAAAUAUAACAAGGAGAGCUUAUGACCAUUUAAAAUGUUUACAUCAAAAAUGGGAUAGUGAAUUGUAGAACAUAUCAGAUUGACUUUUAAAUUAAAUUUUUUAACAGUUAUUAACGGCCAAUUGUAUAAUUAUGCGAGUAUAUUCUUUAUUGUAUACUCUGUACUAAAUUAAAUUUUAAAAUUUGUAAAGAAAAAU